AUGUUUGCUGCGACGCGGGGGCUGCGGCUGUGGAACCCCGUGCGAGGCCGCGUGCGGCCGCCCAGCUGCGGAAGGGCGGAUGCCCUCACGGCGACCUCCGCCGCGCUGUGCGCGGGCACGUACUGCAUCAUGGCCGACUGGGUGUACGGCGCCUACGUGGACCUUUGGCACGGCGUGUACGGCCUCGACGACGAGGACGACGAGGACGACGACGACGACGACGACACGACGGCGAGGAGGAGGACGCAUGAAACGCGUCGUUUGCUUUUGGGGUUUCCCUUCGCCCUUACAAGUAUUUAG